AUGUCCAUGAGUUCUGACUGUUCGAGUUCCCUCACUGGCACCACAUCCUCAUCUUCAGCCUCCAAGUCAGACACCAAUGAAUUUCUGGACAACUCAUCAGUAUACUUGGAUCCAUCCAGCUUCAGUACAGUGUCAGGGCUAGCAAGUACUGACUUGGACACGGGCUCUGAAUCUGCAGUAUCUCACCCAGACUCAGGCACUGAGGCUGAUGACAAGCUCAACGAUGACGAUGAUAUUGCUGGUAGUUCACCCACUGUGAUGGUGGAGGCACAACUUGGCCAGCUUGUCCAUGAGUUCAUUUGUGAUUCUUAUUCACACCGCUACCAGAUGGCUUGCAAUCAGCUUCCUUGUGGCCCAUCACAAAUGCGCCAUGUGCUAGAUGUACUAAAGCCACAACGUCCUGACAAGUUUCACGAGAGUCUUCGAGUAUCCCCAUGUACCUUCAACAAAAUCUGCACCAAACUUGGACCCGAUCCUGUGUUCUCCAACAACUCCCAGAACGAACAAAUUCCCCUUGCUGACCAACUUGCAGGUUCAAUAGUGCUCGGCAACAACCACUGUGUCUAUUAA